CUAAUAUGUAGACGGAAAACCGCUGACAGCUGUCCCACAGAUACACAACCAACUCUCGUUCGUUCGUCGUAGGCGUAUUCUACGGUCAGAGCAGCUCCACCACUGGGAGUCGCAGUUCUUCCAUUGUAUAUUCGUCCUUGUCAUCUUCCUGUGUGUCCUUAUAUGGAAGACGAAAACGAAAGCAUUAAAAAAUUUUGUUCGGUGACUAACGUUUCAGAAUCCGAAGCCCGGCAUUUAUUAGAAGCAUUUGCGUGGAACUUCGAUGAGGCGGUUGCAGCGCAUUUUGAUUCGGAAGCGAGUCCCCAGCCAUCACGCAUUGUCGAUGAUCAGUUAACGGGCACUGCACAUAAUGUCACAGGAACGUCCAGUCGCUCUGGACCGAAAAUCGUUACAUUCGAUUCUUUACGUUCUCCAGAUCGGGAAGAUGAUAGUGGCCAAGCUUUCUACGUUGGCGGCUCGGAGACCGGUGGUGGAGGACAGCAGGUUUUGGGCCCUCCGAAGAAAAAUCCAAAUCGGCCCGACCCUUCUCAUUCGCCGGAGGAUUUUGUUCACAGUCUGUUUCAGGCUGCCAAAGUUCGGGGAGCAGAAGUUCUUGAUUCCACACAGUAUAACCAAACUUACGGUAAAAUGAAAACUUGUAUGCCGUUUACCGGUACUGGACACAGGCUUGGAGAACGUCCCAGCGAAACAUCAGGAACCCAGCCGAAUGUGAUGGUUUCUUGCACUUCAGCCAGCACAGCGGACAAAGCUGAGAAAGAAACAAACGUGCUUGUGAAAAUGUGGCGCGACGGUUUCAGUUUGGAUAACGGCCCUUUGCGGGCUUACACUGACCCUAGCUCCUUCUCCUUUUUGGACGAUAUCAGAUCCGGUAGAGUACCUCAGGAAUUGGUGCGCUCUGGGCAAGGUGGUCUCAUCAACGUUCUGCUCGAAGAUCACCAUCAUGAAGAGUGGCAUGCUCCCCCGCCUAAGGUAGUCCCAUUUUCAGGCAAAGGAAACGUUCUUGGCCACCCUGUUCCUCGUUUAGUCUCAGAGCUCGCGCCUGCCCAAAUUUCUGAAGUGAUCUCUCCUUUGCCCGACGUACAAGUGGAUAGUUCAAAGCCGGUGACGCAGCUUCAGAUCCGUCUCCCUGACGGUGGAAGGCUGCUUGUUCGACUGAACCAUUCCCACACAAUUUCGGACAUUCGACAGGCUAUCGUUUGUCUGUGUUGGAUGUAUCGCAAUCAGUCAGGGUUUCGGUGACUCAUCUAACGGAACCCAGUAUUCGGACUAAGUGCAUACGCUGGAGUCGCGUAGCCUGUACUUGCUGUCAGUAAACACCAUUGCUGCACACGGUGAGUAGCUUUCGCACCUGUAUGCGUACCGACGGUCGUCUCGUGUUCUCCGCUAUUUCUGUCUGUUGAUAUUGUGCAGUGACCAUUGUUGUUGUUCUUGUUGAUGUGGUCACUAAAAGCCGUGGUCCCUCUCAUUCUGAUGCCUGUAAGUGAGUGGAUGGCAAUGUGCUUGUGCACGCCCAGUGCGUGUGCGCUGUGUUGCUUCGUUGUCUUGCAGGAUUUGACAGCCUCCCUUCUCCGCCGGGCUUUAAGCUCUGACGAAUUGAAUGUUUUCGUUACUGCCA